CAAACAUGUUGCAAGGGGUUAGCUAAUGUUUUCAGAGUUACGCAAGCUCUAAAGGGAUACAGUGGCCAAUGUAAAGGGUUACGCUCGUUGAGAACGGCAUGGGGCUGAUGAGACACGUCGUGUGCGCCAUGUCCGGCGGGGUGGACAGCUCUGUGGCGGCUCUGCUGCUGAAGAGAAGAGGUUACAACGUGACGGGGGUGUUCAUGAAGAACUGGGACUCUCUGGAUGAGAGCGGAGUGUGCAGCACGGAGAGGGACUGCGAGGACGCCUACAGAGUGUGCCAGAUCCUGGACAUCCCCUUCCACCAGGUGUCCUACGUCAAGGAGUACUGGCACGACGUGUUCAGCCAGUUGCUGAAGGAGUACGAAAAGGGCAGGACUCCAAAUCCCGACAUCCUCUGCAACAAGCACAUCAAAUUCAACCACUUCCACAAGUAUGCCAUGCACACUUUGGGCGCCCAAGCCAUGGCAACGGGCCAUUACGCCAGGUCGUCCCAGGAAGACGAAGAGGUUUUCCAGCAGGCCCACGCGUCCCCGCCCACCACGCUGUUCAGGGACCGAUUCGAGAUCAGAAACCCCGUGAAGCUGUGCAAAGGAGCCGACCUCGUCAAAGACCAGACCUUCUUCCUCAGCCAGAUCUCGCAGGACGCCCUGCGGCAAACCCUCUUCCCACUCGCCGGGCUGACCAAGGAGUUCGUGAAAAAGAUGGCGGCCGAGGCAGGGUUUCAUCACGUGCUGAAGAAGAAAGAGAGCAUGGGCAUCUGCUUCAUUGGAGAGAGAAACUUUGAAAACUUCAUUUUAGAGUACCUGGAGCCAAAUCCUGGGAACUUUGUGUCUAUUGAGGACGGGACGGUGAAAGGAACGCAUAAAGGCUGGUUCACGCUGACGCUGGGCCAGAGGGCGAGGAUAGGUGGCCAGAAAGAUGCCUGGUUCGUGGUGGACAAAGACAUUGUCACCGGGGAUGUGUUUGUAGCUCCAACUACUAACCACCCGGCUCUUUUCCGCGACACGGCGCGAACCGAGCGCUUCCACUGGAUCGCCGGGGACCCGCCCGCGGAGCUGGUCAGGACCCAGAUGAUGGAGUGCCAGUUCCGCUUCAUCCACCAGAUGCCGCUGGUGCCCUGCGCGGUAACGCUGAACAUGGACGGCUCGGUGUGGAUUUCCCUCUCCCGGCCGGUCAGAGCGCUGACGCCCGGACAGUUUGCGGUGCUCUACAAAGGCGACGACUGCCUGGGCAGCGGGAAGAUCAUCCAGCUGGGGCCCAGCGAGCACACGCUGCAGAAGGGCCGCGAGCGGCUGGUGGCGAGCCAGAACCAAAAGGACGAGCCGACGCCCGAACCAGCCAGCUGAGCUCCCACGUCUGAGGCCGACCGCGUUGGAUCUGCAGUUUGUCUGAUAGAUUAGGCAGCACGGCCUGUCCAGGAUGACGUGCAUGGAGACUCUAGAGGACGUUUAAAGUGAUUUUCCACAACCUUG